ACAAUUUUUGUAGAAAAAUAUUUUAAUUCAAUGUUGCUCGACAACUCACGAAGCCGUCUUUCUUGAUUAUAUAUAAAUACUUUCUUAUAAAACUAGGAAAAAUAUUUGCUAUAAUUUCGUCCAUCGUCUCCGAUAAUCUCCGGCAAAAUCCAGGAAUUUUCCCGAGAAAAUUCAAAAAAACCGUAAUUGUCUAUAUUCCUCAUUCAUGGCUGUUACACUUGAAGUUCUCCCGGCGAGAAAACGGCGUCCGUUUAUUGUCGUCGGAUCUCUCGAUUCUUCAAAGACGUCAGAUUCGAAACUGAUCCGAUCACUGUUCUUCGCGUCUCAAGAGAUUUCUCUUAUGCAGCCUCUCCGAUUCAUCCUGAGACGGAAUUCUCUCUCCGUCAUACGCAAGGCGAAGAUACUAUCGGCGAUUUUCGAGGAGCUUCUUCUCCGAUCAAAUCACAUGGUGGUUUACUCGCAAUCGGCUCAGCUCUGUUUCGAGGAAUUGCAUAUCGUGAUGCAGCGUAUGAAGACUUUGAUCGAGGAUUGCUCAAGAGCAAGCAAACUCUGGCUACUCUCUCAGAUCGAAAUCGUCGCCUUCAGCUUCCAAGAGCUAAUCACUGAUUUAUCCACCGUCCUCGAUAUUUUACCGGUCAAUGACUUGAGUCUAAGCGACGACGCCGAAGAUCUCAUCGUUCUAUUAAGAAAACAAUGCUCCGAUUCGUUUCAGUUCAUCGAUCCUCGCGACGAAGCUCUCCGUCGUAAAGUGACGGAUACAAUCGCCGGAAUCAAGCACCAGAUCUCUCCAGAUCAAUCGAAGCUAACCGAGAUUUUCAGCGAUUUAGGUUUUCCAGAUUCCGCUAGCUUGAGGGAAGAAAUCCAGAUAUUGGAGGAUCAAACACAUGAUCAGAUCGACGAGAGAUCCAAAUCCUCCGCCGCGUCUCUCAUUGGAUUCGUUCGUUACUCAAACUGCGUGAUUCACGGUCCUUCGACGCCGUCGCCAAAUCCAGAUUUCCGCCGCUACAAGUCGUUAUCAGACGCGAAUAUCCCGGCGGAUUUCCGGUGCCCAAUCACGUUGGAGCUGAUGCGUGACCCGGUGGUGGUUUCCACCGGUCAGACGUAUGAUCGAGAGUCGAUCGAUCUCUGGAUCCAGUCAGGUCACAACACUUGCCCAAAGACAGGCCAGGUCCUCAAGCAUACGAACCUCAUACCAAACCGUGCCUUGAAGAACCUGAUCGUGAUGUGGUGCCGAGAUCAGAAGAUCCCGUUUGAUAUAUACGGAGACGGCGACGCAGGGACUCAUACGCCGUGUCAAGACGCGGUGGAGUUUACGAAGAUGAUGGUUUCGUUUUUGAUCGAGAAGCUCUCAGUGGCAGAGCCGAACGGCGUCGUUUUCGAGCUCCGAGCUUUAGCUAAGUCAGAUUCGGUAGCCCGAGCCUGCAUAGCCGAGGCUGGAGCAAUACCGAAGCUGGUACGGUAUCUAGGUUCAGACUCACCGAGCCUUCAGAUAAACGCCGUGACGACGAUUCUCAACCUCUCGAUCUUGGAACAGAACAAAACGAGGAUCAUGGAAACAGACGGAGCUUUAAACGGCGUUAUCGAGGUUUUGCGUUCGGGUGCCACGUGGGAGGCUAAAGCAAACGCUGCCGCGACUCUGUUCAGUUUGGCUGGCGUCUCGGCUUACAAAAGAAGACUCGGGAGAAAGGCACGUGUCGUUAGCGGAUUAGUUGACUUGGCGAAAAUGGGACCCACAAGCGCGAAAAGAGACGCGCUUGUGGCGAUUCUGAACCUGGCGGCGGAGAGAGAGAACGUGGGGAGGUUCGUCGAAGCUGGGGUGGUAGAGGCUGCAAGAGACGCAUUCCGGGAGCUACCGGAGGAGGCGGUGGCGGUUGUAGAGGCGGUGGUGAGGAGAGGAGGACUCAUGGCGGUUUCUGCAGCGUUUGGGCUGAUACGGCUAUUGGGGGAGAUGAUGAGGGAAGGAGCGGAUACGACAAGGGAGAGUGCAGCGGCGACGCUGGUGACGAUGUGCCGGAAAGGAGGAUCGGAGCUAGUGGCGGAGAUGGCGGCGAUUCCAGGGAUAGAGAGGGUUAUAUGGGAAAUGAUAGGGACAGGAACGGCGAGGGGAGGGAGAAAAGCGGCGUCGUUGAUGAGGUAUUUAAGGCGGUGGGCCGCCGGAGAUAACCAUGAGACGGCAACAGAGAUGCAAAGCAUCAUUGUGCCAGCUCCUAGUAUGAUUUUUAAUCCCGUUUUAUGAUUUUUUGUUUCUGUGUAUAGUUUAAAAGGUUUUUUUUGGUUUUUUUGUUUUCCCCUUACGGUUUUGAGAAGAAAAUGAUUCUUUUACAAGUAUUAUUAAGCUAAAAACUGUAAAUGUUAUUUAAGAAAAAUAAACAAAAGAUUUACUCCUCUUGUUUUCCCAAAAUUUCAAGAGAUAAG